AGGAGGGAAGCCUAUGCUCUCCCAUGGUCCUGAUAAGUGGAGCAUACAUGGGCGUCUGUGCCUUCGGCUUAGUUGGGUGUGCGUUCUAACGAUACUGGAGACAUUGUCAGCAUACCAAAAAUGUUCUUGGUUGGUUUAACUGGUGGCAUUGCAACUGGUAAAAGUACAGUUUCCCGAUUACUACAAGACAGAGGAGUUCCAGUUGUUGAUGCUGAUGUUAUGGCUAGAAAAGUUGUUGAGCCCGGGAGGAAGGCCUGGCGCCAGAUCCGAGACGCCUUCGGCCCAGCGGUCUUCCUGGACAGUGGCGAGCUGGACCGCGCUGCUCUGGGCAGAGUCAUCUUCCGCGACACGGAAAAACGUCGCCAACUCAAUCGCAUUACACAUGGCAAAAUACAGCGGCUGAUGAUUUGGGAAACAUUAAAGCUUUUCCUGCAGGGUCAUUCCUUCGCGGUUCUAGAUUUGCCCUUGCUGUUCGAAAGCGGAGUAGCUGUUGACUACAUGGAAAAAAUAGUUGUAGUAUCCUGCGAGGAGGACGUGCAGCUGCAGCGGCUGGUGGCGCGCUCCGGGGAGGCGGAGGCCGACUGUCGGCGCCGUAUCGAAGCCCAGUUGCCGCUUCGCGUCAAGCGCGACAACGCCCACUUCGUGAUCGAGAACUCGGGCUCGUUGGCCGACACUGCGCGCCAGGUGGACGGCGUGCUGUCGGUGCUGCGCACCAGCCGCGCGCACUGGCGACUGCGCGCGCUGCUGCUGCUGCUGGUGGUUGGCUGCGCUACGCUGGCGCUCUGGCUUAGCUCGGUGCGCAGGUCGACGCGGUGACGUCCCCCCUCCCCUCUGAUGACGCGGGCCCAGCUGGGAGCGGGCGCCGGACCGGGGUGGACUCGCGUCUCGUUUUGCUCAGGUGUGCUCGGGCGGGCGUCUGGAUGUGUAGCCUGGGUGUGCUGAUGACAUGGCCUGUACUGAUACUCGUGGAAAGGGUAGUUUAACGAAAUGUGUGCGAUGUCGUGUGUAUGUUGUCGCCCGCCCUCCGUUCUGCUUCGUCGUGAACAGACUUGACGUGAACCUUUUUUCCUCCGAGACGUUGAGGCCAAUGAUGAACUGUAUUUGAACUUGAGGACCUAGUGUGACAUCCAUCAUGUCAUCCCGUUGCGGCGCGCACAGUGGGGGUGGCGGCAGCGCGGUGUCAGGCCGCACGUCUGGGAGGUGCGGGAUCUGAUUCCCUGUGGUGAAUCACCCUUCCCGUCAGGGUGAGAGACGGGCGAUGCAAUGACGGCUCGUGCCACGCGCAGGACUUGACUUGACCUGACUCAGAGUUGCCAACGCCGGGUCAAGUUAAUGCGGUUAGUGCUGUCAUGGGUGGGGGCCGCGGCACGGUGGCAUGGUGGGUACACCAACUGUCUGAGAUUGGCGCGAUUUAGAAGGGGUCUGUUGGCGUGCUCGUGUUCCAGCGGCUCUGGCGCUCAGCCCAGCAUUCUCUAAUCGGAGACGGAUGGUCUCGAGGUCUCUCCCACCCUUCACUACGAGCAGGGACCAACAGCCUACCGGCAACCUUUGACCAGACACGACGGCGGGGUGCUUUUCGCCGACAUACGCCUCUAGUAGAAUCAUAGCCGAAGCGUCAAACAAUAGGUGCUCCGUAUGCGGGACGUAUCUUCUUAGAUAGGAACGGCGCAUUCUUUAGUAUGGUUUUAACGCGCUGGCAUAAAGGAUUCUAAUCGUGGAACACGCAGCCUCUUUAUAUGAUAUCUUUGCCAGAAAACUGUAGCAAACUGAUUGAUGAGAGAACGUUGAAGCCUACAGCAUUGAUUGCUAAUAGAUGCGUUUGCUACUGAUUUGUGUGGGGUCUUUUCUGAAAUAAAUGUUAUGCUACGAUCUA